UCAUCCACCUUGCUCACGUUUUGCAAUCAGUUUGUGUACGAACGGGCACCAUUUUACACCAUGUGGACGAGCUGUAGCAGAACCUGGACAACAUGCUCGGUAGUGGCAUUCUUUUUCGUUGCAUCCAUUGCCGGUAACAGCGAGGAGCUGCUGCGCGGAAAGGAAAACUGUCUGCGACACGACGAUUUUCCCAGUCCCAAUGAGUGUUGCUCUAAGCCGCAAUGGAUCAACCGCUACGUAGUGCGUCGCUGUCGGUACAUUCACGCCGAAGUUGAUGGAAGUCGGUACGAACGAGGCUCGUGUGAAGCAAGAUGUGGACUGUUCAAGAUCAAUAUUACGAUGACCGAUCGCAUUCAUCGGGUGCGCAUUUUUCGCCCGAGACUUCAAACUCGCGGAGUGGAUCCGGCCUGGAUUAAUGUUGUCCUGAAGGCGCUCAGCUACUGCAAGCCGAAGAUAACCCAUCUGCAGGGCCGUCGUGUUCCGAAUGAUGAGGAAAUGGAACAAUGUGAAGUGGCGGAAGAUAUCUUUGGGGAUUGUGUCCAAGCGCAGAUGUUCAUGCACUGUCCACAAACGACUUGGAUUGAGUCGAGAUCGUGUGAAACCAUGCGGGAACUGUUGGCCACCGGGUGUCCCUACAAAACAUUGGGUGAAGUUAUUGUGCUGAACGAUGAAGGACACGUCGGAGAUGAUCGGGUGCUUGAUGAUGACUACGAUCGUCCGUACCGUGGUGGACGAACGGAACGUCCACGGUACGAUUAUGAUGAUGAUGGGUAUGAUCGACGUGGACAGUACGAUCGGCCUGGUAGUAGCUACGGCACUGCUGACGAUGGUUAUGUAGUUUAG